GGAACGUAAAUAUUGAACAAAUUAUAGUACAAACAUUCAUUCUUUGAACGAUACGAUACAUUUUGUCAUUGUCAUAUUUAUUAUUCCAAAGAAAGGAGUUUGUUGAAAAUAUUUUCAUUUCAUUUCUCUGUAACAAGUAGGGCGUUCUAACAUAGCAAAUAAAAUGAGUUUUGACCUAGCAAAUAGCGGCCAAGAAAGAGAAGAUCGGAAAUACUACGAUCGCAAUAAAGGAGACGAAUUGCAAAUAUCCAGAACAGAUAUGAACAUGUUGAUAAUGAAUUAUUUGGUAACAGAGGGAUUCAAAGAGGCAGCCAUUAAAUUUCAACAAGAGGCUGGACUGCAGGAACCAGCUCUAUGCAGUUCAUUGGAUGAAAGAAUCAUGAUCCGUGAAGCUGUUCAAACUGGUCGCAUCCCUGAUGCUAUUGCUAUGGUGAACGCUCUGCACCCGGAACUGUUGGAUAAUGACAGAUAUUUAUAUUUCCAUUUACAGCAAUUGCAACUCUUGGAGUUGAUUCGCGCGGGUCGGGCAGAAGAAGCUUUAGCGUUUGCUAGCGCGACACUCGCGGAGGCAGGUGCUAAUGAUCCAAAUGCUCUAACAGAGUUGGAGCGAUCGCUGGCACUGCUGGCCUUCCCCGACCCACACGCAUCACCUUUCGCAGACUUAUUACUGCCUUCACAUAGUCAAAAGAUCGCAAGUGAGCUGAACGCCGCGAUACUUAAGAUGGAAAACCAGGAGUACACCAACCCGAAGCUAUGCAGUCUUCUCCGUAUGAUCCUGUGGUCACAGAGCGAGCUCGACAAACAUAACAUCAAGUACCCUAAGAUGACCGAUCUCGCUAACGCCACCAUAGACAAGCCAAAAAUGUAUGGAGGUUUUCGACGAUUUUAGGCGUGGCCGGAGACUGAUCUACCGCUUCCACCGCUGAAGAUCGCAACGGAAUUAAACAGGAAAAUCAAACUGCAAGACAUAGUGAACUAGUAUUUUUAUCAAUCGUAACAUUAUAGAUGUUUUACGGGUUUGACGAAAAUAAAGUAAUAUUUAUGAGACGCUAAGUUUCGCGUAAAAUUGUAUUUUAUCUUUGAAUAAGGUAAAUUUAGAUAUAAAUGAAUAAAUAGAUCUUAAUUGUCUCAACUUUGUCAUGUGUGUAACUGAAUUAAGCACACCAUAACGUGUUUUUAUUUUCAUCACAGCGCAGAUUUCAUUUUAAUCCAUUGCAUUGUUUUAACAAACUAGACCCUAUUCACUCCAUUUUAAUUGGUUGUAAGUUUUAAAAUUGGACACGUA